AGGAAUGUUCUUGUUACAAAACAAUACAAACAAACAUGCAGUAGAGUUUUAUCAAAGCAGCCGACACGGAGGAGUGUUUCAGACAUUUAAAUUAGUUUUAACUGGAUGUAGUCUCCGGAAUAUGUCAACAAAUGGAUCCCGCUACAACCACAGCUCAGUUACAAAACGAUUGUGAGACAGAGACAGGUUCAGUCUGGAGCUGGUGGCCUUCCUGGCGCCCGACCUCCAUGUCCCUUUUAAAGACUGCAGAGUCCAAGAUUCUUUCUUGUAUUCAGAAUGACCUGUGGGCUAGAUUUGUGACCCUACCAAACCAGCAUCGAAUAUGGACUCUGACAGUCAGCAACAAAGUCCUGAAAAAACCUGUAGAACCACCUGCAGCCAAGACCCCCCUGGUGAUGGUCCACGGGUUUGGAGGAGGAGUGGGCCUGUGGAUCAGGAACCUGGAGCCGCUCAGUCGGUCCCGGCCAGUUUACGCCUUUGACCUCCUGGGCUUCGGCAGGAGCUCCAGACCUCCCUUCCCCUCAGACGCUGCCAAAGCAGAGGAGCAGUUUGUCGAGUCCAUCGAGCACUGGAGACAGUCUGUCGGCCUGGAGAACAUGAUUCUGCUGGGACACAGUCUGGGGGGUUACCUUGCUACCUCCUACGCCAUCCAGUACCCUUCUAGAGUGUCACAUCUUAUCCUAGUGGAUCCGUGGGGUUACCCCGAGCGACCUAACACUCAGACCCAGCAGCCUCAGAGUCAGGGGGCGGAGGUGCAGAAGAGGCCUCCCCUUCCACGCUGGGUCAAAGCCAUUGCAGCGGUGGUAUCGCUCUUCAACCCCCUGGCUGUCAUCAGAGCAGCGGGGCCGUGGGGACCGGGUUUGGUGAACAGAUUCCGUCCGGAUUUCAAAAGGAAAUUUGAAGAUCUGUUUGAUGAUGACACAAUGACGCAGUACAUCUACCACUGUAAUGCACAAACCCCGAGUGGUGAGGUGGGUUUCCGGGCCAUGUCAGAGUCUCUGGGCUGGGCAAAGAGGCCCAUGCUGCAGCGGGUUCACCUGCUGCCCCCGUCUAUGCCCCUCACCAUGCUGUAUGGAGCUCGAUCCUGGGUGGACAGCUCAUCUGGGGACACGGUGGUCCAGAUCAGAGAAGAGGCGUACACCAAAGUUCAGCUGAUAAAUGAUGCCUCUCACCAUGUGUAUGCGGAUGAACCAGAGACGUUCAACAGAGUGGUGGAAAAUAUAUGUAACUCUGUAAACUGACUGCCGGACAGUGUGUGUGCCCAUGUGUGUUUGAGAGUAUGACUGCAUAUGUGUGUGUGUGUGUGUGUGUAAGGGAUGAGAGGAUGAGAGGAUGCAGACAGUUGAUGGUGUAUGCAGCGCUGUAACCUUCGCAUGUGAAGCUCGCUGGCAGAAUCUGCGUCGGGGCUUUUCUGAACGUCAUCCAUUUGUCUGAAAUGUCAAUCUUAAUACUGUUGUCAGGGUAACGGGUUAUUGAUAUUAUUCCAGUUAAUGUAUCUUUUCAUGAACUAGCUGAUACACAUGUCUUUCAGUGUAGUAUAAUAAGUAAAUGAUUUAUUUAUUUACAUGUUUUAUUGAUGAAUGUAUUCAUACAGAGUUCAACCCAAACCACUUUUUUCAGUGCUUAAUGUGUCGUCCAUUAUUAUAUUUGUAAGUGAAGCCUGCACAUCUUUCUGGAUGCACUGAGUCCAUGUGUUAGCAGACAAACUGCUACAGAUUCACAUUUUGUACAAUGUGCUACAACGUGCCUAUCAUUUAAGUACUGUACGAGGUUGUUUUUUUUUUUUUUCUUGAGCCCUGCUUUUCUCUUUCAUCUGUCCAUGUGUAUCAAACAUUUGUUUGUAUUUUCUACAUUGAAAACAAUAAAAGCUGAAAACUGA